AUGGCGAACUUAUGGAAGAAAACUCGAAUAGAAGUUGGCAAUGUUUCAUUUAAACAAGAACUUGACUCAUUUGCUUUACUCAUGACAAUCAAGAAUUGCGAUUUCCUAGAAAUAAAUCAAGCGCAAACUUUGAAAAGUUUUGGAAUUCAAUGCGACGAGUACUUAAAGCUGAAUCAUCUUUCGCAAACUUCAGUAAAUCUUCAGAGGGAAACACAAUUAAAGCACAUUGCACUUGUAGAAAUUAAAUUUGAUUGCAUAAAGCAACAAAAUAUCUAA